AAGAAAGUUUUACCUUUGACAGGAACCAUCCGCAUGAGCACUUGAGCUAUAUAUAUGCUGUUAUCCCUCCGAAAAUCCUAAAACCCCGGAAAACCCAAACCCCCCAAAAUCAGCAACCUAAACCAAAUCAAAUCGCCAAUGUCGAAGGAACCAUCCAAGACCUUCAAACCCUACACCCUCUUCGAAACCUUAACGGGCCACAAGAGCGCCAUCUCCGGUGUCAAAUUCUCCUCCGACGGCCGCCUCCUCGGUUCCGCUUCCGCCGACAAGACCAUCCGCACCUACUCCCUUUCCUUCCCCGAUGACUCCUCCACUCCCACCAUCUCCGCCGCCCAGACCUUCGAAGGCCACUCCCAGGGCGUCUCCGAUCUCGCCUUCUCCGCCGACUCUCGCUUCAUGGUCUCCGCCUCCGACGACAAGACCCUCCGCCUCUGGGACGUCGCCACCGGCCAAACCAUCAAGACCCUCCAUGGCCACACCAACUACGUCUUCUGCGCCAACUUCAACCCUCAGUCCAAUAUGGUCGUCUCCGGUUCCUUCGACGAAACGGUGCGUAUUUGGGAUGUCAAGACCGGGAAAUGCUUGAAGGUUUUGCCGGCUCACUCCGACCCUGUCACCGCCGUUGAUUUCAAUCGGGAUGGCUCGGUUAUCGUUUCGAGCAGCUACGAUGGGUUGUGCAGGACCUGGGAUGCCUCCACUGGCCACUGCACCAAGACAUUGAUUGACGAUGAGAAUCCUCCGGUUUCGUUUGUUAAGUUUGCGCCUAAUGGAAAGUACAUUCUUGUUGGCACUUUGGAUGACACUCUGAGGCUCUGGAACUUUUCAACUGGGAAAUGUCUAAAGACUUACACCGGUCACAAGAGCUCGAGAUUCUGCAUUUCUUCUGCAUUUUCUGUGACAAAUGGGAUAUACAUUGUAAGUGGUUCUGAAGAUAAUUGUUUGUACUUGUGGGAAUUGCAAAGCAGGAAGGUAGUUCAGAAAUUGGAAGGUCACAUUGACACCGUUAUAUCAGUAUCAUGUCACCCAACUAAGAACAUAAUUGCUUCUGGUGCACUUGGGAAUGACAAGACAGUGAAGAUCUGGACUCAGGAGAACUGAUUCAUUUCGGUUGUUGUAAAUGAUUGCAUCUGUGGCACAGAGAUUUGGACUUGAGGAGGGAGACUGAUUUGAUGUAUUACAAAGUUUGUCUGAUUCCCCAUUUUGCUCGACUCUUACAUUCUUAACCUUUUUUAGUAGUUAUCUGAUUGUAUUUUAGAACUUUGCUUCUUAGAUAUCAGUUUAAGGUCAAUUCUCUUAAUUAUAAUUUAGGCAUGUCUUGUAGUUGGUUGUUGUCUGGAGGACAAAAAGCUUUGUAACUCAAAACGACUCUCCUUCAAUGCAGUCAGUGAUGUUUCAAAAUUGUUCAUGUAUGGUUUAUCAGGGCUGGGAGAAAUUGUGAAGCAGAGUAUAUACUCCAAGUCGUUGUGGUAAACAGAGAUCAAAGUUUGGUCCAGACUCUUUUUGUGAGAUGUCCAGGGUGUGCUGAAUCUGAAAACUGUUGACGUAAGAGUGGUCUGCUUGGUGCUUGUGGACAGACAGAGAUGUGUGGUAUGAAAAUACAUGUUGGUUUCUCAAUGCAGGUUUGUGAGCUUUUCUCCGAACUCUGAAAAUGUCUCCGUCAUCUUUAAUGGUCUGAUUUAUAUGUUCUUUAGUGUUGCAUGUUAGCGCAUGUUGCAUAUUGUACAGUAGUUUUCGGUUAAUAGAUGUCUGUUUGAAUGCUAUGUGGUGAACAGCAUUGAAUUGAUUGAUUAGCUUGAUGCAAGUCCUGAAUGUCUUGAGCAGCAUCAACGUGGUUCCUUCCGAUUUAUUGAUCUUCAUUUUUGUCA